GCCUUGACUCCAGACAAUUAUUUGUGAUGCUGCUCCUGGGUGUAUUUCCCAAGGGGAAGAGAGGUGUGGAGUGGGUUGGUGCCAUGGCUGGAAGGCAUCCCAGCCACCUCUCUUCCUGCCCAAAGGUGGGACUCCAGACACAUCCAUUUCUAGACAAAGAAGGUGAUGAUCAUCCACUUGUCAGGCUCCACCCUGCAAUGCUGUUCUUCCAUGCAGAACUGACCUUGUUGUUAAUUAUUAAACCCCCAGCAAACACUGCUCGCUGCUUUGUCCUAGUUACACUUGUGGGCUUCUCACCCUUAUAGUUAGCUUUUUAAAAUUACCCUGGUAACCUCUGUGGACGAAUGAAGAUGGGAGCAGCAGAUGCUCAUCUCCCAGCCAGUGCAGGAGACGGCCUGGAGAGGCUCUGGAGCUGUUCUAGGGCAGCUGAGAGAUGGGCUGCAUGUGGUUGGCCAUUAUCCAUGUCUGCCAGGGCUUGGGGCUUGCAUGUAACCACUGCCCACAGGAGUUUUCUUGCCCUGUCUGUGGGCUCCUGUGGCUCCAGACCUGGUUUGCAGGUGGGCUGGGGUCCAAGGAGAGACCUGGAUCCAGGUCCAUGUGUUCUGUGGAUGCUGAAGAGCAGCCUGGGAAGUAGGAGGGCUGGAGACUUGCUCCCUCUUGCAGGCUGGGCAGAUGGAAAUGGGCUGUGGGCAGAAGCCCCUUCCAGCAGACCCCACCCCUAAGCAUCCAUUGCCUGUCUUCCCUCUGCUCACAGUUGCCCACUGAGGGACCAUGCCAGGCCUCUACGCCCUCUUGUCCUGGGAGGCUCUGCCCCUGAAGAGCUCCACGGUGAAGGCUUGUGCCAACGGAUACUCCCUGAGCAUCAAUGCUCACCUCACGUACACCAACCCCCACAAGGAGCCUGUGGAAGGCAUCUUCAUCUACCCGCUGGAGGAGUCGGAGGUGGUGGCCAGCUUUGAGGCAGCCGUGGGCAGCCGGCGGGUGACAUUCCAGCUGCAGAACCGGCACCGGGCGCAGGACUGCUGCCUGCAGUGCAGCCCCAGCCCCGGCCGGCUGCGCCGCUGUGCCGGUGGCCACCUUGUCUUGGAUGAGGAUGUGGAGCGCUCCACCUUCAUCAUUGUCACUGGCAUACUGUGCCCAUCGGAGAGCCUGGCUGUCACCCUGAACACAGUGCAGGAGCUGCCCACGCUGCCGGACGGGGCCCUGCGCCUCCUCCUGCCCCCCAUCCUCACGCCCCACGUCCCCGCCGACCCCGAGAGCGAGCCGGCAAGCUUGUGUGACGACAGCCCCACCAGCUGUUUUGGGGGGCCAGGUGCCCGGAGCCAGUCACCCACUGUGGUGCCUGUGGAGAGCGUGGAUGUCUUUCGGGGACGACCCUGCAACCCUUUUCCUUAUGAGUUCGCCUUCGAGCUGCUGGUGAAGGGCCCCUGCUUGCUGGCAGGGCUGGAGAGCCCAUCGCAUGCCCUGAGAGCUGACGCCGACCCCUGGGCCAGUUCUGCCACCACCACCUGUGUCACUCUGGCCGAGCCCCACCGCUAUGACAGGGACCUGGAGAUCAUCCUCUACCCUUGUGAGCCCCACAGCCCCCACCUGCUGAUUGAGGAUGGCACCAUGACGUACCCUGAGUACGAGGCGCACAUUCGGAGCCGCCGGGAUUACAUGCGGAUUGCCAGGAAGGACAGCAGUGGCGAGAGACAGGUGGCUUUCGUGCAGAAGCGUUUCCACAAAGACAUCUUCCCCAACCCCGUGCUGAUGCUGAAUUUCUGCCCGGCUGUGGAGGGUGUUCCCGGGGACCUGCAGAGCGUCACCCGCGAGAUCCUCUUCCUCAUUGACCGCAGCGACACCAGCAGUGGCCCUGACCUUGACAAGGUCAAGGAGGCUUUAUUGGUGGCCCUGAAGAGCCUCCCAUCAGGAACACUGCUCAACCUUGCCAGCUUCAGCACUGACAUCAAGCCACUCUUUCCAUCCAGUCGCCUCUGCAGCAACGAGACGUUGCGGCGCGCCUGCGAGCACCUUGGCGGACUGCGGGUGGACUCUGGUGGCACCAACCUGCUGGCAGCCCUGGGCUGGGCGCUGGCACAGCCCCUCCAUCAUGGCUACCCUCGCCAGCUAUUCCUCUUCACCAGUGCAGCAGUGGGCAAUGCAAGCAGGAUCCUGCGGCUGGUGCGCAGGCAGGCCAGCACCGUCAGGGUGUCCUUCACCCAUCGCAUCCCUCAGCCCAUCGGCUCAGCUCUUCCUGGGCCAUGGCUUUCCAUCCCCUGGCUCUUCUGCAGGUGCUUCAGCUUUGGCAUGGGCUCGCGGGCAUGCCGGCGGCUGCUGAAGGCCAUGGCCAGGGUGAGCCGGGGCUGUGCUGAGUUCCUGAGCCCGGCCGAAAGGCUGCAGCCCAAGCUGAUCAAGUCCUUGAAAAAGGCGAUUGAGCCAGCCAUCAGCGACAUCACCAUUGACUGGUAUGUCCCCGACAGCAUGGAGGCUCUGCUCUCGCCCACUGAGCUCCCGGCCCUCUACCCUGGUGACCGCCUCAUCAGCUACUGUGUCCUCUACAGCAUCGCCCGCUUCGGAGACAGGCGCCCACUGGGCCAGGAAGGGGCUCGCCAGAGCUCCCGGGGUUCAGCCUUUCUCUCCCAGCAGGAAGUGCCCAGUCCUGGGGAGAGCCACCAGCCACCCCAGAGCAACCCAGGAACUGGGGAUGCCUCCCUGGAAGUUUUUGCUGGAAGUACAGAGGUGUCAGAGCGGAGUAUUGAUCCUGUUUCUGGGGGAGACAUCUGGAAGCGGAUUUACCAGCCCUCCUACAUCCAGGAGCAGUAUGUCCUGACACACUGUUCUGUCAGCACUGACCGCAGCCAGGGGCUGCUCUCCCGCAGCUCCACCAGCAGCGAGUCCACUGGCUCCCGGGAUGUGGCCCCCGAGGGUGGUUCCUCAGCCCCUGGUGCUGAUGUCACCUCCCAGCAGGGCCAGAAGAGCCUGUCCCUCUGCGAGUCCUCCACCAAAUCCGCCCCGCUGCCCUCUGCCCCAGCUGGCACCAAGGUGACAGUGGCCCUGAGCACGGAGGAGCUGGCUCGGCAGAAGAAGGUGCUGGCACGUGCUGCCCUGGCUGGGCGCAGCUUUUCCACGCCACACGGGGAGCUGGAUGCCCAUCGGCUCUGCCAGGCCUUGGAGAAGGUGUCACAGAAGAGGAACCAGUCCCUGGAGGGGCGGCUGGAUGAGCUGGGACCCCAGGCACGGCAAAUGCAGCCCAGUGCAGUGGAGUCAAAUAACCUCCUCUCACCCACCCACCUGGACUGGGACAUGCUGGUGGAGCCUUCCUACCUCUUCAGUGCCUCGCCAGCGCCCGAGCCAGGGCAGCCCAGCCCAGGUGAUGCCAGCAUGCCCCUGCGCUGCCAGGUGGUGAUCCACGCGCUGCGAGCCGGCAAGCCGGUGUCCUGGGAAGUGACAGCCUCGCUGGAGUCACUUCUGCAGCCUCGGGAGGGACCGGGCAGGGAGGACCGGCCGCGGCGGGCGGCCAAAGCCUGGGACAAGCCACUGCACCGGCUGGCAGCGCGCUCCGUCGUCCGGGACAAUGAGAGCGUGGCACAGCGGGAAGCCAAGCUGGAGCAGGGCUUUGCUCGCCGGUUCCGCCUGAAAGCCGUGCAAACCAGCAAAGCCUGCAACGUGCCCUCCCUCUACACUCGCCUGGUGCCCGUGGACUGUGCCACGCAGGCAGCCCUGCCCGCAGCCCCCGAAGUGUGGGGCAUAGCUGGCUCAGCCAGCCGGACACGAGCUGUUGCGGCAGGGAACUGGCACCACCGGAGCUCCCCAGCGGGUCAGGGGCAGCAGCAGGAUGUAGAGGAGCAGCAUGAGGCCCCUGGCACUGCAGACCGAGACGAGAAUGCCAGGUCCCCGGGCAGCAUCUCCUCCCCUACCUUUGGCUGGGAAAAGCAGAACUACUCAAACGGGCCUCCAUCCAGCCCCUCCACCACCUCCAUGGGCUCCCAGAAAUCUACAGAGAGCAUCGCAGGCUCCAGGUUUAGCCUGAGCAGGCGCAGGGGUCCCAGCCUGGCACUGCGCCCGCAGUGCCUCAGCCCAGGAAGUGAGCGUUCCAGCAACCACUCGAGCCAUGACUACCUCCCGCUGGUGCAGCUGCAGCAAGCCCGGGGGCCAUUCCAGCUCACCGAGAGCUUCUCUGAAGUGGUGCAGAUCCCCCUGGACCGCCUGCGCCGGGCCUCCCCCUAUGCCUCCCACCGUGCCAGCCUCAGCCCCAUGUCCCCAGGGGCCAGGAGCAUGCCUGAAGCAGGACCUGGGGCUGAGGAGGGUGAGGAGCCCAUCACAGCCCCGCAGCCCGGCUCGCCCCCAUCCCGGAGCACUUGCUCCGAGGUGCCCAGCACAGCCGUGUGGGCACAGGCAGACAGUGGGCACGGCUCCGAGUCUGACACCGGGCCCCACUCGGCUGCCCCCUCUGAGGCCAGUGUGAGCUGUCAGGACAUGGGGCCAGAGGAUCUGGAGAGUGCCAGCUGGGCCACGGCGGUGGCCCUGGCGUGGCUGGAGCAUCGCUGUGCUGGGUUCUUUGAGGAGUGGGAGCUGGUGGCAGCCAAGGCGGACGCGUGGCUGCAGGCACAGCGCCUGCCCGAGGGGGUGGACGUGGGCUGCCUCAAAGGGGCAGCCAGGCACUUGUUCCUGCUGCUGCGUCACUGGGACGAGAACAUCAAGCUGAACAUGCUGUGCUACAACCCCAACAACGUGUGACGGCCGCCUGAGGGGCCAAUAAAGACACCUGGCUCCAAGCCACCUGCACUGGUGUCUCUGUUACAAGCAGGGAGCUGCUGGCUCUAUUCUGGCCAUGCCAGGACUCACCAGAAUCCUAGGAGGGGGUCACCUCCUUCCCAGCCAUGUCUGGUGGGAGGGAGCAGGCAGGGGAAUAGGAAAAGCUGUACUGGAGUGAUUCCUGGGCUCCAUCAAAGCAAAUGAAACCUUGAAGCAAA